AAAAGGCUUUUUAACUUGUUGCAGUUUUCCUGCCCCGUGUCCCUCCGUGAAUGAGCAGCGUGCAGCGAGCGUGUGCGCGCAGCUGCGGUUCUCCAUUAACGCCACACUGCUCGGCUUGCGGAGGGGGAAACCCGCCAUCGCGCGCCUGCAGCCUGCCGAGCGAGGCUCACCGCUCCACUGGGGUCAGCGGGCUGUUGACUCCGCUCCUGGGUGAAACCUGAGCUUCCGAGUCACGUGGCGCGCGAAGACAAACCUGGCUGCUCAGGGUUUCCCGGAGCUUUCUCCCAGUUUCCCGGCAAUUCAUAUUCUGGCGCUUACCCCUCCCUUUAGUCUGGCGGAACCCAAUCCCCGCCUGACAAAUAAGUCCCGCCGGCCAGACGCGGUGGCUCGCGCCUGUGGUCCUAGCUGCUCGCGGUGCUGAGGCGGGAGAAUCACCUGAACCCGGGAGGUCGGGUGCUGCGUGGAACCGUGAUUGCACCACCGCACUCCAGCCUGGGCAACAGAGCGAGACCCUGUCUCCAAAAAUAAGAAUAAAGAAAAAAAAAAGAAAGAACUGCGGCCCCAUUGGCCUGACUCUCCUGAACAGCCUAGCUGUCUCGGACCAGUUACGGAAGAGGCGGCCUUGAGAGGGUGGUGUGCCAUUGGCUCGAUGUCCUGCCCCUCCGAAACCUAAGUCUUCAGCUUCCAAUCAGGACUCAGCUUUGGGAAGAGCGCCACGCGGUGGGCGAGGCGAUGCCCUAGUAAAUCCGCAGGUCUCUUGACUCUUUCCGCCUUUGUUUACAACCCUGCCAUGAUCUUCCUGUUGCAAAAGCGAGGGCUACAGAACAGGCAUUCAAGUGCCCUGUGCUCCAGUCACACACAGCCUUUUCUGUUCUUUCGCUAGGAGACACCAAACCCUCAGGAAGAUUUACUAUAGCUAAGAGAAAACUGAAGUAGAAUGGGCGCGGCUACCUACUUCUUAAAUUCCGUUUGUGGACCCUCAGACUCUUAGUCCCCUACUCCCAGAUACAGCGGCCCUACCGUGGCUCCUGGCAAGGUGGCACCCACUUUUGUAGUGUAAGGCUGGGGGCGGGGUUUGGCUGGCAGGUCCAGGAUACGAGAUCCUGGAAGAAAGAAAAGGUGUAGUGUUUGGGGCGGUCAACGGGCUACGCUGGCUUGACAGGGCUGGGCUCUUCAGAACAGAAGCAUGGAUCUCGGAAUCCCUGACCUGCUGGACGCGUGGCUGGAGCCCCCAGAGGAUAUCUUCUCGACAGGAUCCGUCCUGGAGCUGGGACUCCACUGCCCCCCUCCAGAGGUUCCGGUAAUUAGGCUACAGGAACAGGGACUGCAAGGCUGGAAGUCCGGUGGGGACCGUGGCUGUGGCCUUCAAGAGAGUGAGCCUGAAGAUUUCUUGAAGCUUUUCAUUGAUCCCAAUGAGGUGUACUGCUCAGAAGCAUCUCCUGGCAGUGACAGUGGCAUCUCUGAGGACCCCUGCCGUCCAGACAGUCCCCCUGCCCCCAGGACAACCAGUUCUCCUACGCUCUAUGAGGUUGUCUAUGAGGCAGGGGCCCUGGAGAGGAUGCAGGGGGAAACUGGGCCAAAUGUAGGCCUCAUCUCCAUCCAGCUAGAUCAGUGGAGCCCAGCAUUUAUGGUGCCUGAUUCCUGCAUGGUCAGUGAGCUGCCCUUUGAUGCUCAUGCCCACAUCCUGCCCAGAGCAGGCACUGUAGCCCCAGUGCCCUGUGCAACCCUGCUGCCCUGUCAAACCCUGUUCCUGACCGAUGAGGAGAAGCGUCUGCUGGGGCAGGAAGGGGUUUCUCUGCCCUCUCACCUGCCUCUCACCAAGGCAGAGGAGAGGGUCCUCAAGAAGGUCAGGAGGAAAAUCCGUAACAAGCAGUCAGCUCAGGACAGUCGGCGGCGGAAGAAGGAGUACAUUGAUGGGCUGGAGAGCAGGGUGGCAGCCUGUUCUGCACAGAACCAAGAAUUACAGAAAAAAGUCCAGGAGCUGGAGAGGCACAACAUCUCCUUGGUAGCUCAGCUCCGCCAGCUGCAGACGCUAAUUGCUCAAACUUCCAACAAAGCUGCCCAGACCAGCACUUGUGUUUUGAUUCUUCUUUUUUCCCUGGCUCUCAUCAUCCUGCCCAGCUUCAAUCCAUUCCAGAGUCGACCAGAAGCUGGGCCUGAGGAUUACCAGCCUCACGGAGUGACUUCCAGAAAUAUCCUGACCCACAAGGACAUAACAGAAAAUCUGGAGACCCAAGUGGUAGAGUCCAGACUGAAGGAGCCACCUGGAGCCAAGGAUGCAAAUGGCUCAACAAGGACACGGCUUGAGAAGAUGGGAGGGAAGUCAAGACCCAGUGGGCGCAUCCGGACCGUGCUGCAUGCGGAUGAGAUGUGAGCUGGAACAGACCUUCCUGGCCCACUUCCGGAUCACAAGGAAUCCUAGGCUUCCUUAUGGCUUUGCUUCCCACUGGGAUUCCUACUUAGGUGUCUGCCUUCAGGGGUCCAGAUCACUUCAGGACACCCCAAGAGAUGUCCUUUAGUCUCCCUCUGCCUGAGGCCGAGUCUGCAUUUGUUUGCAUAUAUGAGAGGGUACCUCAAAUACUUUUGUUAUGUAUCUGUGAUUUUCUGUGAUUUUAUUUCUUCUUUGGGGAUAGAGUUGAGGGGAAAUAAGUUUUGAGUGAGAAAUAAACGUUUUAGCUGAAA